AUACAUUGAGGUUUGUAUAAUUUUUGUAUGAAUGAAAAGAUCAUUUCACCUCAUAUUUUCAGUUUCGACUCGCUGGAAGAAGGUUCCAAUAAAUCGCCAUGGUUUGGACUUAUUCAAAAUCUUUCCUACGAUGCUUUGGAAAAGCUGAAGAGAAUCUUCAAUGAACAUGAUGAAAGCUCGGAAGAAGUGGGUCUCAAUAAACUAGAGUUUCUGAAUGCCAUCUGCUCUAUUUUUGGUAACGAGAGAUAUUCAUUGCAAAGCAAUAUUUUGUUUGACGAUGUUGUAGUAGGAGAAAGAUCUACUAUAACGUGGAACGACCUACUCGAUUUUCUCAUAGAAAACCUUUCUCCCAAAUCCGAACAACCAGUUAAUCUUCUUGUGAAUAGGAUAGAAUGUCUUCCUCACAUGAAUCGAGAAACCAUCGUGAAAAUUGUUCUGAUCGAAACAGAGAGGUAUUUUUGCUACGCUAUUAUAUCCAAACACGGACGAAUAGGUUUAUACGACGGCAAUUUGAAUUUUCUCACUUCGUACCAAGCCAUAAUGACGAGAGAAGAUAUAAGUCGAUCAGAAGAUGAAAGGAGAAGAAGAAAUCGUUGGAUUACCGAUGCUAUUUUCUGUGUGGAUGUCCAGAUGAUGAUUGUAACCAACUCAGCUAGGACUAUUAUGAUCUAUGAAGCUUCUGGUCUGAAUCAUAUUCCGUUUUGGCUCAUCAUAAGUACUCCGGAAAUAAUUGAG